AUGAUUGAUAAUGUAUAUAUCGGCCAACAUCAAAUUCAUGAAAUUUAUGGACCUAACAUUAGAAAAUCUCGGAACGUAUAUGACGGUAAUUUCCGAGUCCACCAUAUUACAGGAAAGAACAUCAUGGAGAACGAAGGAGUAAUUAGAGGAAUGUAUUGGAGUCAUAAGAAGUCGCCAAUGAUUCAGAUUGUUCCCGCUAAGGGAUCAGGAGCCAUGAAGAAUUUUGUCACGUUACAAAUGAACGUAAUUGAAACAAGAAACAGAUUUGGAGGUAUUCACCGCAAUAAGUUUCCAUCUGGAAGCGGCGUCAGGCACUUCCUGAACGGAUUGAAGAACCGACGUAACCCUAAUGCACCUAUUGUUCGAGAGAUUGUGGAUUUGUAUGAUGGACCACUUUCACAC